AUGACAGAUCUGGAGACAAACCUGUGCAGAGUGAUGGGCAGUGCUGACCAAGGUUUGACUGCUCUGCCGCGCAGGCGGGUCACCCUUCAAGAUCCUUUGCUGUAUUCUGGUCUCGACAAACUGCCUGUUGCCCAAGACCCUGACAGCCAGAGUUGGAGGUCCCUUGACAGUCCUAGCCCUCCUGCCACACCCGAGCAAACCCUACCCACCUUCUGCUUGCAGUACUUUGAUAUGCUCUACCCAGACGACAGCAACUGGGUUCCGAAGGGUCUGGCCGAAAGCCAGCAGCCCAGCAGCCAAGGCAGCAGGGCAGAAGUACCUAAAGAACCCGAGCAGUGCCCUAUCAUUGACAGUCAAGGUUUGAGCCUUACACCUGAUAUGGACUACCAAGCCAGUCUUCACCUGGAAGAACACUCCCUGGAGCAAGUGCAGAGUAUGGUGGUGGGUGAAGUGCUCAAGGACAUUGAAACGGCUUGCAAGCUUCUCAAUAUCGCUGCAGGUGAGUACCUAGAGCACCCUCUUCUUUUACUGCUUGGGAGGCCUAUCUAGGAAGGCCUAUUAGCCCAUUGAGGGGAAAUAUUUAUGCAGCAGAGGGCAAUGGUGUGGCUGCUGCUGAGUUAAUUUCUAUGCAAUGAUGCAAAUUCGUAGGCAGAAGUCAAUAUUGCUUGCCUAACAUUGGCGGGUCCCAUGCUAGUCUCAGGCCACUGCUUAUGUUGCCUGUGAAAGAUACCAUGUAUGCUUAUGGUGCAAUGUGGCUAUUGAAUAGAGUUGCCACAAUGGGCAUGAGUCAAAACUGCAUUGGCGUUGGCAUGAGAAUGUAUUGCCUCAGUGGCAGACCUUGGGGGUCUCAAAUUUCACUGGUGCCCUGCCCAUGCCUAUUGCCUUCUGGUUUACUUCAUAGUUGCAGCACCCCCUACGGUUGCACCAGCCACACUUCCCUAAAUCUGCCUCUGAUUUCCUACCUCCUUGCUUUCAACCUCUGUAACAAGGGGGCCUGAAAGCAUUCUUCAUGUGAUAUUGUGUAGAAUGGCCUAUGCGGGGCCCGCUCUAUUUAAUCAUUGGUUUAUCUCAAGCAUCUAAAGCCAAUUGAAAUCUGUGAAAACUCUAUUGACUUCUGUAGUGCCAAAUGUUGACCUUUAGCCCACGAAACAGAGUGGUUGCGAAUCCCAUUAAUAAUAAUAAUAAUAAUAAUAAUAAUAAUAAUAAUAAUAACACCCCACCCAUCUGCCUGGGCUUCCUCAGCCACUCUGGGCAGCUUCCAGCACAUAAAAAGUGUCAAACAUUAAAAACUUCCCAAUAAUGGACUGCCUCCACAUGUCUUCUAAAAGUUGUGCACUUCUUUAUCUCCUUGACAUCGGAUGUCAAAUUCUAAAGACUAAGAAUUUGUGAUCUAAAAUAUUCUGUCACCCAAACCCCCCAAAUUCUGCAAAAUAUUCAGUAUCACAUUUCCCAUUCGACUCUGUGGUUUGUUUUUUUUAAAGGGAAAGAACAGGGAAUAACCCAUGCUUCUGAUUACAGUUAGCUGCAGAGGGGAAUGGAGUUUCACAUUGUGAAGCUCUACAUACUCAAAAGGCAGGGGCCAAGGGGAAAGAUACUGGGCUGGCCCAACAGUUUUGUGUCUCCUGAAAUAGGUGCUGUCAACUGGAAAAAUAUGAAGCAGGAUGGGGUUUGUAUUCAUUAACCAUUUGGGAUAAGCCCUUCGAGACCUUAUCAAGCCACAGGCUUAUUAUGCAGCAGCAGCAUUCCUUCCUUUCCCUUGAUUCGUCAAUGUCCCCUCCCUCCAUAUGAGGAGGAUCAGAGAAGUCUCUGGGAAUGGAUGUGAGAAUGUUUAUCAGAAUAUUGUGCCCCAUAUCUGCUGAGUGUGCUGUUCUAGGCACCAAUGUCUUGCUACCUUCCCCACUUGCCCUGGAAUUAGCAUUGUUGUUCACCCACAUAGAACUCCUGAGUGACUUGCAGAAGACUUAUUUGAUUUUGUUUUCUGCUGUCUUGGAGCUAUAAGGAAAGACUUCACAGCUGGUAGCACACAUUAUGACAUGAAUACACCAUUACAACUAUCAGUCCUGAUUAUUUUUUUACUUCUACCAUCCCAGUGGCUCUUGAACUGUCUAGGACUUCUGUUUCAGUGUAUCUGAAGAAGUGUGCAUGCACACGAAAGCUCAUACCAAUAACAAACUUAGUUGGUCUCUAAGGUGCUACUAGAAGGAAUUUUUUUUUUUGUUCCAACUACAGCAGAUCAACACGGCUACCUACCUGUAUCUUGAACUGUCGUUCUUUUUCUCAGUUUGAAUCAAAGGCGGUUUAGGAGAAAAUGCAUCAAAAUGCAAUGUUUCGUAAGAAGCAACAGGAUAGAUAUUGAUUGUGGCUAACACGUGUAUGCAAUUUCCCAAACCGGUAGUAGAAGCACAGUCAUCUGUGUACAUAGCCUGGGUCUCUGUGUGAUAUAAACAAAUGCUAUACCAUGAAAAAUGGCAGCUUGGAGAUCACACACUGGCAUCAGAGGUAUUGGCUGAAGAUUUUAAAAAACCACACAGCAAAGGUUGUAGCAGAAGGCAUGGGAGAAGGAACUCUCUGUCACUAUGCAUUGGCAAAUGAGGCAAUUUGACUUUUUGUAGAUUUUUUUUUUUAAAGCAGAAUGAUAAUUUUGUUUUGUAUUCUUUCAGUGUGAGACACAGAGAAUGUGUUUACAUUUUAUUCUCAUCGUUCAAUUCCUUACUAUGUCAUUAGCAUUGUGUUAGGUCUGGAAUAAAUUUCAUUUCAAGCAUGGGGAGUUUCCCCACACAUAUACCUUUGAGAGUUGUGGACAAACCAGAACGUGGGGGAAGUUCUCCUCUGCUAAUGCUGGUCAUCUAGAAUGCUUUGUGCAUUUUCUUUGUAGAUGAAUUAUACUUAAGACAAUACAAACUGUUGGGGUUUUUUGGGGGGGAAUAUACCCAGUAUCUCUUUGUUUCCCUUAUAGACCCAGCAGAUUGGAGUCCAGGGAAUGUCCAGAAGUGGAUCUUGUGGACAGAACACCAAUACAGGCUCCCCCAGAUUGGGAAAUCAUUCCAGGAUCUGGGUGGGAAAGACCUAUGUGCCAUGUCUGAGGAGCAGUUCCGUCAGCGAUCCCCAGCAUGUGGGGAUGUCCUGCAUGCUCAUCUGGACAUCUGGAAGUCAGGUAUCUAGAGACUGAGCUGGAAAAAAAAGCAGAACUUUUUUUUUUUUACUCUUAGCAAUCUCCUAUUGCUGUCUGGGAAUUCAUUCCUGCAAACCAAUGCUGCCUUUACAGGGAAAGGGAAAUAAUUUAUGUCGAUGGAACUUUUCAUACCAUUGGCUUAUGGCCACGUUCACUGAAAUUGCGCCAGCAUUCAGCCUGAUGGAACAGCAAGUCUUUCGGUUCAAUUAUUUCUCUGUUAGGCAAUCAAUAGUGGAAAUGAAGUAGGGUGGAUGGGCCUGUCACGCAGCAGGGAACUGGGGUUUUCCUUCCUUCCAAAUCUAUGAGCAAGUGCUUUCCUUGAGAUCCUCAGGUGUGGGGAAACAGGGCCCAUCAGAGUGCAAUGGCCAGACAACUGGACCAUCCUGUGACAUUUGUGCUUGUUUCCCAGCUGCCUGGAUGAAGGAGAAAGCUGCCCCUGGAGAGAUGCAUUACUGUGGUGAGCUCACCCUUUCCGCAUGUAACCAAAGCAAGCAGUAAAUGAGUGAAUGAAUGAAUGAAUGAUGUGGGGAGGAGAGUAGAAACAGCUGGGAAGCGACUGGGGUGCAGAUGAAGAGGUUCAGGAAACCAAGUGGUGUUUUUAGCCACUAUGCAAAUGAAUUGCAGUAUGACUUGUAACAGAUGCCAGUUUGUGUGCUGCUUAUUGUGUUGUCUUCUUGCUGUUGGGCAAAAAGAGGAAAUGUAUACUUCCAUUAUUUUGGGGUGAUUUUUAAAAUUAGAAUUAAAAUAGUUGUACCCCACCUUUCCACGAAAAUGUCAAGGCAGCUUAGAAACAGGUGACUGGAGCUGAUGGGAGUUGUAGGUCAAAGUAUCCAGAGGGCACCAGGUAGAUGUAAGAAGAGCCUGCUGGAUCAAGCCAGUGGCCCAUUAGUUCAGCAUCCUGUUCUCACAGUGACUGAUCAGAUGUCUGUGGGAAACCAGCAAGAUAGAUCCGCGCACAAGAGCCCUCUCCCUUUCUGUAGUUUCAGAAGCAACUGGUAUAGUAGAACCCCGGUUUUCAAACGUAAUCCAUUCCAGAAGUCUGUUCUGCUUCCAAAAUGUUCAAACACUGAGGAUCAAAGGGCUGUCAGAAAGUUCAAUGGGGAAAUUGAGAAAUGCACCUUGGAAGUGCACAUUUGGAAGCGAAAGCAUUCACUUCCAGGUUUUCGGCAUUCGGCUUCCAAAAUGUUUGGCAGCCGAGACGUUCGAAAACCGAGGUUUGACUAUAGAAGCAUUGUUGCCUCCAACUAUAGAGGCAGAGCCGAGCCAUCAUGGCUUGUAGCCAUCAAUAACCACCCCCUCUAUAAAUUUGUCUAAUCCUAUUUCAAAGCCAUCCAAGUUAGUGGCCAUCACUGCCUCCUGUGGGAGUAAGAUUGAUUGAUUGAUUGAUUGAUUGAUUGAUUGAUGUGCCGGCCAUCUAACUGGGUUACCCCAGUCAUUCUGGGUGGCUUCCAACCAAUUAAAACACAGCAAGACAUCAAACAUUAAAACUUCCCUAUACAGGGCUGCCUUUAGAUGUCUUCUAAAAUAGUUUAACUAUGCGCUGUGUGAAUAACUACUUUUAAAAAUCUGUCCUGAAUCUUCCAACAGUGCAACAACAGAGAAGGCUCUCUCUUGUAUCUCGGCUAAAUGUAGCUGAGAUGUUAGUGGGAUGGAAAGCAGAGCCUUUGCUGUGGGUAUUUAUGGGCAGACAGGCCGAUAUGGGAGGAGGUGAUCAUUUGGACAGCUUCAUUCUAAGCCAUUUAGUGCUUUAAAUGUAUCAAUCAGCAUUUUGAAUUCAUUAUGGAAAUAAACAGGAAGCCAGUGUAGCUCUUGCAAAAGGAGUCACUUGCUCCCAACCAUUUGCCCCAGUCACAGGCCUAACUGCCACAUUAUCUACUGGGUGAAAUUGCUGGACAUUUUUCAAAGGCAGCCCUGUGCAAAGUGCAUUGUAGCAAUCUAAUCUGCCUUCUCCUGGCCAUGGUAAUUUAUAGGAAGUGAAGAGAACUGGACAGACAGUGAGGUGGACUCAUCCUGCUCUGGCCAACCCAUUCACCUGUGGCAGUUUCUGAAAGAGCUUCUUCUGAAACCCCAUAACUAUGGACGCUUCAUUCGCUGGCUUAAUAAGGAAAAAGGUGAGUGUUGUUGAUUCCUUCUUGAAAUUUCAGUGCCACCUCCUGACUUAGGGGCAUAGGCCUUCAUUGCCAGGUUUCAUUCAUGCAGUCAUAAACUCAGAGAUAUUUUUAUGGUGGUAGUUCUAAUGUCCAGGCAUAUUAAACCAUUGGCAUGAAAACUCUGACCUCCAUUGUUCAUGAUUCAUAUAUGUAAGGUUACUAUUCAUACUACUACUCUCCAUAUCUAAGUGAUAUGUGACCUAUUCCCAUGAAGCUCUCUUGCAGUAUUUGGUGCUUAUGAGGUCAUUGAAAACUUCUUUUCUGCUGCUGCUGCUUAUUUAUUUAUUUAAAAGUAUUUUUUGAAGCCCAUGCUUCAGCUAAAAAGUCCUCCAAUAUCACUCACACAUCACUAAAAAAGACAGCCCUGCACUUGGGCUUAGAGACUAAACAGAUAUGACACUAAAGAUAAAUAGAUUGGGAGAGAGGAGGAAAUAUGCAAACUCAGCUACAAGAUCAGUCUCUGACCAACAUCUGAUGUGGCAGCUGGAGCCAGAGUUCGAGAGGUAUGGGGCUGACAAUAAUAAUAUUUAUUAAUUAGUGAUUGUUUUAUAUCCUGCUUACAUGUCAUAAAGAGCUCAAAAUGGAAUCCUGUCAAGCUCUUAGAUUCAAGUUCUUAUAAUGACCAGCUGGGGCAGAAAACCUCAAGGGGGGUAGGUGCCAAAAGACGUGGGUCUCUCAACCACACCAACAGAGUUUUGCUUCCUUUACUACAGCCUGAUGUUAAUGGCUGUCUGUUAAACAAACUAUAUUUUCAAUUAGACACUCUUCCGAUUCAAAAUAUUGUUACAGUGCCUGGGAGUUGAAUACGGUUAGAUUGUAAAUAGAUUUGGGUGAAAACAAAUGCUUUAAUUGGCCUUGCUGCUUCUCAUAUUUACUUUCUAGGUAUAUUCAAGAUUGAAGAUUCCGCCCAGGUGGCUCGUUUAUGGGGAAUCCGGAAGAACCGGCCUGCUAUGAACUAUGACAAGCUGAGUCGCUCCAUCCGGCAAUAUUAUAAGAAAGGGAUCAUCAGGAAACCAGACAUCUCCCAACGCCUGGUCUACCAGUUUGUACACCCUGUCUGAAGAACAAAUUCAGAAACACUGACUACAUUAUGAGCUGGAGGACUUCUGGAAGCAUGGUACCCCUUAACCUCUGCAAUAUAGCAAUUUUAAAAUGCAGAUGAAGUCAGGGGUUGGACAAGAGGCAGGAGCCCAUUGGAUUCGUCUGCUGAACUUCCAAAUAAUCAUGAGACCCCUGCUUGUUACUUGAGAACAAGGAAACAAAUAAACUAUUAUUGUCAAAGUAAAACAGCAAAGAGAAGUAACUGCUGUGAAAUGUAUGAAGUAUGUAUGCUUCAUUUGGAGGUUCACAGGUUUGCAUAUAGGAAAUUUUUCCUUUCUGUACAUUUAUCUAAACAUAUUAUCUAUACAUAUCCAGCUGCAUGCUUAUGGGAAGUCAAGAGGAGGAGGCAGGGUAACAGUAGAGAGAGACUCAAUUCUAACCAGCAGCUGUUGCUUCCUUUCCAGUGAAGUCAUUGGUAGAAUAUAGUAGGCAUAAAAGCAAGGGGGGGGGGUUGUUGUUGUUGUUUUGCAACUUUGCUAAAUGCAAACUAGGGAGCAAAUCUCUCAAUGUCGCUCAUAAACGAGUCAGAUCUUGCAAUAAAUGCAUUUGGGAAGGACCUCAUAGCCUAAUCAUCAGUGCUGUAUUGUUCCAUAUUCUGUCAUGCUGCAGUGCAAACUUCUAAGUUGUCUGAAUGCCCCAAUACCCUCUGAUCUUCCUUUGCUGUCCGCUUAUGAAGCAGAAAGCAAAAAUUAUUAUGAGACAAGGAAAUUGCCAUGGCAGAGGAGAGACAACAAUCUGAGUGAUUUGUUCAUGACCCCCACCCCCAUUUUUACUAAUGGCACAACGGCUUGGGAUUUGAUAUUGGAGAUAUGGAGUUUUAUAUUGAUACAAACGAGGGGUAAUCUUCAGUAUAAGAGGUAUGACGUAAGCAACGGUUUAGAAUUGGGCUGGCAAUACUAUAUAGAGUCUAUGAUUAAGAAGAGAGUAUGAGCCUAUCUCAAGGGAACAGCUCAGAAAGCCUCCCCAAGUUUGGUAUUAAUGGACUGGCCACUUUCUCAUAUAGUCAAUGAAUAAGAAUGGUGACUGUUUGGGGGUAUUGUUAGGAGAAGGACAGAGUCACCCAUUCUCAGUGUGUGAAUGAGCCUGGCUUGAGAGGAAAGACAAUAGGAUCAUGUACAGUCCUUUUCUGGCAGAGCUCAUGCUGACCCAAGACUAGAACACUCUGGCACCUGCAUGCUUACAGGGGCCAACUGGCUUAGCAUUUGGGUAAAUCUGAGAAAAGCAGUGCCACCACUAGGCUCUCAUGGUGCUGCUGGCAAUCAUAUAAGGUGGUGUGAUGCUGAUCCCUGGGGGAUGGCAACCAUCCCAAGAACGGACAAAGCUGUAGUGCCUUUGCUGUUGACUUUCUGAAAAUAUGAUGCUGGGUUUUUGUUGUUGUUGCAGUUCAGUAGCUAAUGCUGGGAAUUAGAGAGCACCUCCCAGUCUCACAGGGUGGCUUUCCAUGAAUCACUCUCUUGUCACUCAGAUGCUCUCAGUUCCCUGCCUGCAAAAUUGCCUGUGUGUGCCAAAUUAAGCCAACUGUGUGCACUUUGUAACUCGGGUGGAUGGACAACAGCAAGGCAAAGAAGGAUGUGCCAUGCACACUAUUUACCUCACACUGCAAAUUGAGAGAUGUGGGGGAAUAGUUGCAUGUGUGUGGUCCUUCUGUUCUUCUGUUUUACUUGCAGACAUCCUGGCAAAAUCACCAGACCUUGUUGAAAAAAAUCUGUCAGGGCAACCAAAGAAUAGAAGACUGAAGUUCCUCUUAAUACCAUGGAACAAGCACAACAUUGAGAUUUGUGUAAUAAAUAGCCAGAAUGGGUACAAGGGAAUCUGUUUACUGUACUGAAUAAUGCAUAGUAGCUUAAAUUACCUUUGUGUGUGUGCGUUCAGAAUAUUAGUGCAAAUUAUUACUUUGUGUAGACAGUCUUUGAAUCUGAAGUUAAGUGCCUUCUCAAGGUGCAAGACCAAUUCUUCGCCAAAUGUUAUCUGAAACUGCCUAACCAAAUUGUUGCAGUUAUCAUCCUCCUUUCUGGAGGGGCUCCUGUGCCUUUUAAGAGCUGCACAAUAGACAGAAAUUAAAAAGGUCAAGUUGCUCCCUUGCUAAUUCAUCUCAGAGUUAGCCCAGUCAUUUCAUUAACAGAAUUCUCUUCACAUGGGUUUGAGACACAGCAAACCCACCUUAAUCUUCCAUGGGCUUGGGUGGAGGGGACAAGACUUCAUUUUAGCAGUGGCCUCAUAUAGUUGUCUCAGAGUUUGUUAUUCAGGUUUUCAGAACAGGACAAGUUAAUUCAAUUCACUAUGGAGCAGAGGUCAGUAUGAGUUGGCCCUGAAGGAUGCUGAAUGACUCUCUCACAACUGUCAGUCGCUGAGAUACAAGAGUAGGUGAGUAAUGGGGCUUGUCAAAGAAUCAUUUUGGGGGAUGAGUGUAAGAGUCGGGGUUGCCCAUCCCUACUCCCUUGUCAGUGUAGCUCUCUGCAAAUUCUUUUGACCCUACUUUGCAAAAUCCAGGAUGCAGCUUUCCACUACUCCUAUGAACUUUAAUGUGCAUUUUGUUCAACCUUUGACUAAUUUGUGUUCAAAAUGAUUUUCUUUUACAUUUGUGUGUCUUGACAGCUCAUAGCUUAAAUGGAGGAUUUAGAGACAAAGGUCCUUAUGAAAUUAUUAACCCAUAUAAAAAAUACAUACUUAAAAACCAAUUUCCAAUAGCUGUUAUGCAACUGCUUUUUCCUUGGUUUGCGGACAAAUUAAUAUUUGAUUAGCAGGUGGGAUCCUUUUAUAGAAAAAAACACAAUCAAAUGUGCCCGUUUUGGGUAUUAUUCAACUAUGUUUGAUUCAGAGAAGUCCCACUGAAAUUAAUGGAUUGAACACUGCCAUAUUUAUUCAUUUCAAUGGGUCAAUUGCAUGUAAGUUGAAUGCCACGCUUAAUUUAUAGUGGAAGCAUAGAAUAUAGAUGCUGCUGCCGUUUGUAAAAUGGAAAUGUACAGAUUGGGGGAGUCAUCCACAUCCUUGCAGUGCAUAAUGGGAAGACAGCAAGCAAGCAUCUGGCAAAUAAAAUAGCUGCAGGCAAUUAUGAUAAAUGCUUAAAGAAAAUGGAACUGUGUGGCUAUUGUGUGGCAUAACAAAAAGCACCUUCUUUCCUCCCCACAUUGCAAUAAAUUAUGAUGCUUCGAGCAGAAGAGGUUGGUGGUGAUGAGAGAUUUAUAUUAGAGUGUGCAAGGGGGUUGUUGCUUCUUGAGGAUAUGCAUCUAUUCAUAUGCGAACUAUGGGUCCUAAGGACGUACAGUACCUGUUGGGAGUGUAAAUACCUGGCUGUAGCACAGUGCUGAGGAAAGACAUCACUAGGGAAUAGUUGCUUCCUGGAAAAUAAGUGCUCAAAAAAUAAAAUGUUAAAAACAACUCAGAUUGCCUAAUGUGCUCUGUCAGUUAAUGCAGCUGUGAAAUCCGCAUGUGAUAAAAGGCUCCUGUACCUUUAACAGCAGAUACAGUUUUGCCCAUCACUACAGCACUUGAGGAACCCAACUGCACCUGCUGAAUUCCUGCUAGAGGUAUCUGUUAAAGGCACAGGAGCACUAUUUUCUCUUGCAUGUUGUCAACCCAUGUUGAGUUUCCAUUUCCUGUGUCAUAAAACCUGAUCCCUCCCUAGAAUCUCUGCCAACAGCAACAAAGCUAAACACACUGUGCAUGAAUAAAAUAAUCCUUUUAUUAUUGUUUUUCUUAAGUAUAGUUUUUGCUCUUUAUGGAAGAAGAGGCAGACUGGCAUGACACAGAUACAUUACUCUCCAUCUGUUAGUAUGUAGCUUUGCUGACAGUAACAAUCUCCCCCAGUCCCCCAGGGCUUUAAUCAGAAGGAGUAGACCAGGGAUAGUCAACCUUUUUAUACCUACCACCCACUAAUGCAUCUUUCUUGAUAGUAAAAUUUCCUUACCACCCACCAGUGCUCGAUGGAAGUCAGCUUGUGCCAUAGAACCCCCUACCACCCACCUAGAAUCCUGAAACGCCCACUAGUGGGCAGUAGGGACCAGGUUGACAACCCCUGGAGUAGACAAAGGGACCAUAGCUUUUCUUCGGAUCCAGCAUUCACUAUGUGGCCCUUGGCCCACACAACAAUUACAGAAACCUUACUGCUGAUUCUCAAGAGCACUUCCAGGAGGGUAGCCACUAGGCAGACUGUGAUUCGGGCACCUUGUUUCAUUACAUGGAGGUAGGCAUGUAAAGGCUAAGGGUUUGCAAAGAAUUGCAUUGACUUUUAGGGUCCUGUUGAAAGUGCUGAAAAAGCUACUCCCAAGAGGUCGGCAUGCUAAAAGUUAAUGCGCAGGGAAUUCUGCAUGCGCCUGCCUUUAUCCAUCUGCCUCUAUGUGUGCCACUGAUGGCCUCUGAACUAGUACAGCUACCGUUCCAGAGAUGGACAUGAGAAUCAGCCCUUCCAAGGUCAGUAAAUGGCUCUCUUAACAAGCAAAUCUCUGCUUUCUUCUCUCUAAGAACUGGGGUGAGGGCUCCUAGGUCAUGCUAGCAUUAUUUUUUUAUACCUUGGGGGUGAUGGUGCAGGGAUGGUGGCAGCAGAGGCUUAACUCGCGCCAGAAUCAAGGCUUUCAUUAACUCUUCCUCAUCCUCUACCAUUAGCAAAGCACAUCCAUUGGUUUUCCCCAUUUGCAUAUUCUGACUCCCGCUCAGCAGUCAAGGAAGUCCAAAUGCAAUGCUUUCUAUGCAGAGUGAGACAACUUAGGGAAUAGUGCCUCAUGUGAAAACUGCUGCUACCCUCAUCAAAGAUCAGCUUUACCUGUUGGAACAAGAAUGGGGUAUAUUCAGAACUUUCUGAGCAUAACAAAAAGAAAGCAGGACUUUGUCAAACCUUGAGCCAUAUUAUCCAGCUGUCAGAUGGGGUGCAAGUCAGUGGCUUGCUCUUAGUAUCAGGCUGGGGCUGGAGUUCAAAUUAAGUCUUGAGUUUGAACUUGGAGAGAAAUCUAAUUUAAGUUGGAAGUGCAGCAUCAGCUAGUCACUAAUCUAGGAGUCAGAACUACUCCUUGUUCACCUUCCACCCCAGUGACCUGAUCAACCUCAGCAUGAAGCUCAUCUUGUAAACAUGACAGCUACAUCUACAUCAGGAGAUGUUAAAGAGUACGAGAAUCAAACAAGAAUUAAAAUCCAUA